GGCGGUCAUUUCCAGCCACAUUCUAGAGCGAGGCGCUGUUUCAGCUCCGCCCCGGAAUGCCGCGUCAACACCAAGGAAUUGAAUUCAAGCCAAGACAAGUCGUGAAGCGGCGGCUGACGAGGCGUCUGCUACCGAAUGUCAGUCGAAGGAGGGGAACUUGGCUCAAUAAAUAAAGAAAGAAGAAAAAAAAAACUGUCUUUUAACAUUCACACUCUGGCUUUGCUCGCUUUUCAUUGCUUCAAAUCCAUCUCUGUCGUUUAUUGACUUUGCAACUCGAGUAAACACCCAACAGCGGCCAUCCAUCCACCCGCUUUCUAAUAGGUCCUUACAAUCAGUCGCAAUUAGGUUCUCACCCGUGAACCCGAUUCAAUAGCGAGUCUCAAACGGUCAAAGAUAUUGCCAUGGCUCCGCACCCGGAUCCUUCAUCGCUGGCUUUGCGAUAUGCAGCUGAAAACACCAUCAACACCAUAACCAGACGCGACCUCCAGAACCCAACUCACACUCAGCAAGUCACAUUGGGCAUCAUCGGCGUCUAUGUCGUCGCUAUCGCUAUUCUAUGGAACGUUCCCUACGUCCGCAUGGUUCUCUGGCCCUUCAAAAUGCUGGUCAUCGCCUUUCACGAGUUUGGCCACGCCUUUACUGCUCUCCUCACAGGUGGACGUGUCAAGUCAAUCAGUCUUGAUCCGAACGAAGGUGGCGUGACACAUUUCUACGGCGGCAGCCAAGGCUUGACGCUUCCCGCUGGCUAUCUCGGUUCUUCCAUCAUCGGCGCUCUACUCAUCUUCUGCGGAUUCAACAUCGUCGCCAGCAAAAUCGCUAGUAUCGUGCUCGGCGUUUGCUUCCUGCUAACGCUCUGGUGGGGAAAGCGUGAUUGGCUUACCAUCGCGACUGUGCUUCUCGCCGUUGGACUCCUCAUCGCUUGCUGGUUCAUCGAACACGCCCAAGCGCUGCGCUUCGUCGUCCUAUUCAUCGGCGUCAUGUCUUCCUUGUACAGUGUGUGGGAUAUUUGCGACGAUCUGAUCUUGCGCAAAGUCAACGAGUCCGACGCAAGUGUUUUCGCAAAGCGAUAUGGCGGCUCGUCGCAGUGCUGGGGCGUCAUCUGGGGUAUUAUUUCGAUUCUUUUCAUGGCCGCUGGCAUUGUUGCUGGCUUGGCAGCCUUUUCGCAAUCCUUUGCCCAGCAAGAGAAGGACUCACAGAAGUUUAUACCUACUUGAGGUACGAGAUUGGUAAUGCUUGAUUGAGGCUAUGACCAAAUCUUGAUGUUUGGUGGCUGUAUACACACCUAGGCAUGGAAUCAUUUGGAGAUUGUAGCUGGUGCAGAUCUUUUGAAACGUCUCGUUAUGAUAGCGACAACAGGUUGGAUGCCCAGGCGGUGGUUUGAGCACAACUGUGUGCUACAAAUAUCCAGCGUAUAGGAGCGUGUGUGAAUUGAUACCCCCUUGGAAGCCGAUUCUUCCUUGCUACAGAAAUAAUAAAAACAGACACAAUUACAUCACAAAGAUAGAUCAGACCAAUUUCGGAAAUGCUUGCAAUGGGGGUAUGGCGUGGGAUUGCAUUCGGCAAACAUGAGGUAUCUCGCCAAAUCAAGACGCCCACGAUAUGCCCCUAUUCAGACACAGUCGGUCCUUUCAUAACUCGUUUGAGUCUUACAGGCCGCUUGUAGUACCUCUGUGACCGUAGCAAAGCCAUUCUC